GUCUGCAGGGAGAAGCCAGCUGAUCUGCCGCCACCACACAAAGCUACAACUAGCCUAGCAUGGUAGACUUUCAAAAACAUAUAGCUAUAAAAUCUUGCGUAUCUAGAAUGUUUCAAACGCAGUUUUACAUUGUUUUUCAAAACAUAAAUGAUGGUGAAAUGAACGGCUGAGAUACGAUUCGUUGCAUUUAGUGGAAGCAUGGAAAUUAAAGAGUGGGAUCUCCAGACAGCACCAUGAAGCAGUCAGUGAUAACCUAGGUCCAAGGGAACUCUGAUCUCUAACCAUUACUUUGAUCACCCGUCCUGAGGAAAGGUUAAGUGUUAAAGCUGCUGCUGAGGGGGAAGCUGGCCAUGUCACGGGUUCCUACCCCUCCUCCACCAGGGGACAUGUCUACUGGACCUGUGGCAGAGAGCUGGUGUUACACACAGGUGAAAGUAGUCAAGUUCUCCUACAUGUGGACCAUCAACAACUUCAGUUUCUGUAGAGAGGAGAUGGGGGAGGUCUUAAAGAGUUCCACCUUCUCCUCUGGACCCAACGACAAGAUGAAAUGGUGUCUGAGAGUCAACCCAAAAGGACUGGAUGAUGAAAGCAAAGAUUAUCUGUCGCUGUAUUUACUACUUGUUAGUUGUCCAAAAAGUGAAGUCAGAGCAAAGUUCAAGUUUUCCUUAUUGAACGCUAAAAGAGAAGAGACUAAAGCUAUGGGAACGGUGAGUGUGGUGCAGGACUCGGUGAACAUCUCUGGUCAGUCCAAUAUGAACAUGCUGAAGGUACCAGAGUGCCAGCUGUCAGACGACCUGGGGAACCUGUGGCAGUGUUCCCGCUUCACUGACUGUUCCCUCUAUGUGGGGGGGCAGGAGAUCAAGGCACACAAAUCCAUCCUGGCAGCGAGAUCUCCCGUCUUUAGCGCCAUGUUUGAACAUGAGAUGGAGGAGAGUAAAAAGAACCGUGUGGACAUCAGUGAUGUGGAGCCAGACGUGUUUAAGGAGAUGAUGGGAUUCAUCUACACAGGGAAAGCUCCCAACCUGGACAAGAUGGCCGACAACCUGCUGGCAGCUGCUGACAAAUAUGCCUUGGAGCGUUUAAAGGUGAUGUGUGAAGAGGCCCUGUGCACCAGCCUCUCUGUGGAGAACGUGGCUGAUACCCUGAUCCUGGCGGACGUACACAGUGCCGAGCAGCUCAAAGCACAAGCCAUAGAUUUUAUCAACAGGUGCAGCGUCCUCCGACAGCUGGGCUGUAAAGAUGGGAAAAACUGGAAUAGCAAUCAUGCCACGGACAUAAUGGAGACGGCAGGCUGGAAGUCAAUGAUCCAGUCCCACCCUCACUUAGUGGCCGAGGCCUUCAGAGCCUUGGCAUCGGCACAGUGCCCGCCCUUCGGCCUGCCGAGGAAACGCCUAAAACAGUCCUGACUGCUACAGCAGAGACAGCCCUCUGAUCCAGACACUAGGAGCUGAGACAGCAUGGAGACGCUCCCCCCGAGCAGGGAUGAAAAGAGCUGGGAGGCUACCUGGCUGGGAGGCUGACUCCUACUGGUGGAAAGAAACGUUUGGUUUUGGUCCUCAAGUUUUGUCUGCUAUUUUUGUCAUUUCAAAUGGCCUUAAUAUAUCUGCCAUUACUCUGGAGCUGAUCUACUGUGUUCUCCCUAUUUGAUUCUGUGGCUGCCCCGUCCCACAGACCAGGCUGCCCCGUCCCACAGACCAGGCUGCCCCGUCCCACAGACCAGGCUGCCACGUCCCACAGACCAGGCUGCCCCGUCCCACAGACCAGGCUGCCCCGUCCCACAGACCAGGCUACCCCGUCCCACAGACCAGGCUGCCUCCAGAUUGCACUAGUUCCCAUUAGUAAUUUUGAUAUGGAAUUCUAUAGGGACGUGUUAAGGGUUUGAUUAAUGGGAAAUAUAUAUUUGUAAUGUCUAGCCCAUUUUGUGACUAGACAUUAAAGCGUGAACACUUUCAGUGCAAGAUCAAUUCUUUACACUUUUUAAAAGAUGAGUAUGCCCCAUAUUGAUGGCACCAUUUCUAUGUAAAUGACAGUUUAACCAUCUUCAGAAGACCGUUUUUAAAGCAAGUCUGUUCUAUUUUCUGGCAUUUGAGACCCUGUGUUGAUGCUGUUAUUGUAUGUAAGACAAACAUGUCUAUACUCUCUGCCUCUGAACUAGUCACACUCGCUAUUGGACGAAUAGGAAAGGCAAUUUCCCCAGACAGUCUCCCAUUGGACGAUCACUUAUGCAAAGACCAACCUAGUGUCUUCAGACAGUAUUCAUACCCCUCAACUUAUUCCACAUGUUGUUACAAGCUGCAUUCAACAUGGAUUAAAUCCUUUGUUUUUUUCUCACCCAUCUAGUCACAAUACCCCAUAAUAACAAAGUGAAAAUAUGUUUUUAUAAAUGUUUGCAAAUGUAUUAAAUGAAAUAUCUAAUUUACAUAAGUAUUCAUACCCCUGAGUCAGUACUUUGAAGAAGCACCUUUGGGUAUGUCUGGAUCAGCUUUGAGUCGUCUUCAGUAUGUCUGGAUCAGCUUUGAGUCGUCUUCAGUAUGUCUGGAUCAGCUUUGAGUCGUCUUCAGUAUGUCUGGAUCAGCUUUG